AAUUAUUUAAUGCAACGAGUAGCGAUUUUAUACCUUUAAGUGAUAAAGAAAAAUAUAUAUUUGAUCACAACAAAUCCAUGUGUACUAAAAUAAUAAAUUUCUUUUUUUUUAUUUAUUUUUUGGUUGGGAUAGUUUGGAUUUUUUCUCCGUUGUGUGUAAAAGAAUUUUCUUUAAUAAGAAGAGACGGCAGUCUGGUAAUUUAUCAAAAUAAUGUCCUAAAUUCUUUCUUAAGUUUUAUACCAAUUUCUAUAUAUGAGCAAAUUUUCCCAAUUGUAUAUCUAUUAGAAGCUAUUGAGUUAAUACAUAUAAUUUUUGAUAUAGUUUUUUACUAUACAAUAGUUGUACAAUUUUGUUGGAUGUUAUCAGCUCAAUUGAAAGUAAUGGCAUUUAAAUGCGAAUCAUUAGGAAACGAAAUACUUGAAUUAAGACAGAGAAAGAACUCUAAUUAUAUGAAAUAUUUGAAUCAAAUAUUACUGGAUUAUACUAAGUUAAACGUUUCAAUUAGAAAAUUUUAUGAAAUCAUGAAACCAAUGACGUGGUUCACAUAUGUAUACUAUUUCAAUCUUUUUAAUGCCCUCACAUAUAUGUGUAUUAUGAAUUACUUUAAAAAUGAUUGUGAAUUGUCAGUCAAUUUUGCGAGAUUGUUAAUAGCAACAUUAGCGGUCUCUAUCGAUUUGUUUAUUAUGUGCUAUUAUUAUAGUUAUCUUGAAAAUCAAAUAAUUGGAAUACAGUUUGCUUUGUAUUGCAUUGAUUGGACUGAGAAAAGUAUAAAAUUUAAACAAAAGCUUUUGUUGGCUAUGAGUUUAAAUAACACGAACAGAUUAAAGAUGAAUAUAACUCCCCGAAAAUCAUUAAAUCUAGAAGUAUUUGGCUCGGCGUUGCGUGUGUCAUAUUCAAUAAUAUCACUCUUGGUAAAAAAAACAAUUUCGUAAUAAGCCAAUUGGAGUAAAUAAAAAUGUUUUUGAAUCAUUUUGUUUUAUUAUGUAUUAAGUUUACUUUGUGUUAAAUUUAACAAUUAAAUCUUAAAAUUAAUACAUAAAAAGUUUGAUUAUCAA